GAAGGAAUUAAGAAGAAGAUGGAGGAAAGCACGAUUGAUGCAGUGGACCGGAUUUCGCAGCUUCCAGAUUCUAUUAUUCACCACGUACUGUCGUUUCUUUCGGAUCAUCCAAAAACACUUGUUCGAGUGAGUGUAUUGUCAAAGAACUGGCAUUCUCUAACAGCUUCUUUACCGAUUUUGAAGUUUGACUGGUUAGAUCUAGGGGAUAAUCUUUUCAAGUAUGUCCAGUAUACCAUGUCAAGAUUUUACGAGCAAAAAUUCAGUCCACACACAUUAAACAUUGAUGCAAUCAUAUCUGAGCCUGCCCAUGGAGAUAUUAUUGACAAAUGUGUUAGGUUAGUUCUUCAAAAAGGCGUGCAGGUGUUAGUUCUGAGCGUUUCAAGUUGUAAGGGUCAGCAGAUGUAUCGUUUGCCUACCAAACCCUUAUCUGCUUGUUCGUUAUUAUCUUUGACGCUUAAAUCAUGUGAACUGCCUUCGUCAUUGAUGUUUGAUACUUUGACAUUCACGUCUCUGAAGUUUUUGUCCCUUAGAGAAGUACCAAUACAUGAUGAUGAAGUGAUCACGUAUCUGACCGCUAGUUGUCCUGUUCUUGAGGAUCUUAAUAUAGAACUCUGCUAUGGGCUCAAAAGAAUUUGUGUUAAUGCGCAUCAAACCCUUCAAAAGGUUCAAAUUAGAUGUGGGAGUCCAAUUGAUAGAAUAGAUAUUGAAGCUCCAAAUCUACGUUAUCUUCUUGUGGAUGGAAACAUAUGGAAGCCGACAUGUAUGAACUUGGCUUCCUGCGAAAAGAUCAAAACAUUCUGUUACUACGGGCAUCUAUCAGAACCACAUUUUGCUGACAUCUUAUCCAGCUUCGGCUGCAUCCAAAAUUUGCUUUUGUGUUCCCGUAGCGAUAAGUGGAGUCUGUCAGUUCCAUCCUUGAGGAGCUUGGCAUUACAAUGUAAUGGUGACCUAGAUGAAAUUGAUAUCUAUGCACCUAAUUUACUUUUGUUCGAGUAUUCUGCAUAUCGUAUGGGUCUUGGGCAAAAGUUGCUUUCUGCUCCUUUUAAAAAGGAAGAUUCCGUCCAUCCAACUGCAUUUAUGGGAGACGUCAAGUCAUGUUUUCAUGUUGACACUAUUUGGUUUAAGAAGUUGAGGUGCUUUCUGGACAAGUAUCAAGGAAUCGAAGUUUUGAAGCUUCAUAUUCUUGUGGACGAGGAGGGUAUAAAUGCCAACGAAUUAAUGGGGAUCAAGUCACCAACUUAUGAACUCAAGCAUCUGCAGGUAGAAUUAUGUGAUAUACAAGAUUUUGAAGAUGUUGUAGAUGCUUUACUUUGGUGUUGCCGACCGCUAUCACUAACCUUAAGACUAGAAGGUCAUUGUAUUUGGUUGAAAAAUCAAAGGCUUCAUAGACUCAAACAUCCAUACGAGAAGCUAUUGAAAUAAGAAGAUCGAGGCCAAUUCAAAAUUAGGUUUGUCUUGACUCAAGGUUUGGAAGCCAAACAACACUUCACUGACUUGAAUUUGUUGGCCGAAGCAUUACAUUGUGACACUGACACAUACCCAACCACAAUAACCUUCAUAAAGGAAAAAGUUGUUGAAUAAGCACGGGAUAAUAACGGAACAAUCAAAGGUAUGCAAAUCUCGACAUUUGAACAUCCGUUGGAUUCAGCAACACACCGUGGGUCUCUCUAAGUAUAACUUACUUCUUGCCUUUACUUUUUUAUGUUAAAAUUUGUUGAGACAAACUUUUAUUUGAUUACUUUUGGUUUAUGAGAUAGAAUUUAAGUAAAUGCGGUGGAUUUUUAACACAUUGAUUAUUGUUGUGUAAUUUGCCGUAAAGUUUAUAUGGAACGAUCCAUUAACAUUUUAGGA